AAACCCUAGCGUAAGCGCCGCGAGUGAGCACGCAAAUGGCGAAUAACAACAACAACAGCGCCGAGAAUACCCGUUCCCGACCGGCGAUUUGGUCCGCGGAGAUGCUCAAUUCCGCGCCGACCUACGCCUCGGGAGGCGGGCCCCCGCGCCACGUGGCGCCGGAGUACGGGACGACGGAGCGGUACUACGGCGACAAGUCCAAUUCCUCGGCGAUCCCGACCACAGUGGGCCGGGGUACGGUCGCCGCCCCCGACGCGAGGUACCACGUGGCGUGGGAGGAUAGGUCGACGGGGAGCUACUACCGCUACAACACCGGGGUGCAGCAGGACCGCGGCGGCGAGGGUUACCGCUGGUACGAGAACGUCAAAGUGCGCGACGCGGGAUCGGGGUUCCAGGCGAAGUACACCGCCGAGGAGAAGUACCAGCGGGUCCCGCACGAUGAUGACGAUGAUGCCGAUGUUAACGAUGAUCAUGCCAUUGAUCAUGAUCAGGGUCAUGAACAUGAUCAUCAUGAUGUUUAUUAUGAUUAUGGUGAUGCUGAUGCUGUGGCGGAUUAUGAUCAUCAUGAUGGUGAUGAAUGGUGAUGAUGCGAUAUCCUAAGGCUUGGACCUAAAUUGGAAUACUAUUCAUCUUAAAUGAUAAACACGACCUGAGACAGAUUGAUGGACAGAUAGUGCACAAGACCCUCCCAGCAUACGGUUUCACAGAUAAGCACUCAAUAACUACUGUAAUUUAGUUUUUAUAUGGCUCUUUGCAUUGACUCACAGUGAUCAUA